AUGAAAUCUUCACCAAGAACCCGAUUGUACUCUUCCUCUUCAUCCUACUCCGCCGACACCACCACCACCACCACCACCACCACCGUCACUUACGCCUUCGAAGAUAACAAUUUUAACGCUAAUCCCCAAACCACUUCCACCGAAAUCCCUAUCACUUUUCACCUCUCCGAUCGUCAAUCCACCGCUGCUAUUAAGAUUCAAUCAGCUUACAGAUCUCAUGCAAUCCGCAACUUAAUCAACAAGGUAAGAGCCGUCGAUUCCCAAGCCGAUAAACUACAACGACUGAUCCAAAUGCAGGAUACAGUUGAUGCGGUGCGAAGCAACAAUCGGGAACGAAUCAAGAUCAAUGAGGCGUUGAUGAAGUUAUUAUUUACGCUUGAUUCGGUUCCUGGGAUUGACCCGACAGUGAGAGAAUUCAGGAGAAGUGUUAGUCGACGGAUCGUUGGGUUGCAGGAGAUCUUAGACUCUAUAUGUGAAGCAAGAGAGACGAAUUGGGAUGGGUUUUUGAGGGAUUGGGACGACGUAAUUGUGGGGAUCGAACAAGAGAUUUGUAGAGAGAAAGGCGGAUCUGAUGUUCAUGAAUUUGAGAGAUUUUGCGCAGAGCAUCUAGGGUUUCAGUGCUUACAGAGAUUUCUUCGUCAAUGA